AUGCAGCGUACGAUCACCGUCAGUGUGAUCGGUGUCAGUGGUCGUGAGGCAGUCAAAGGCGUUAAAGGUGUCGGUAAAUCGCUCAUCUGUAACCGAUUUGUUCGCGGUGAUUUCGACGCCUUCUUUCCGGAACACUGCUCUGUUCUAUCCCAGACCGACUUCGGCGGCUCUCCGGUAAUUAACAACGAUCAUUGGCUCUAUUGGGGUGAACGCCAAGUGAGUCUCGAUGAUGCUUCCAGUCCGGUGACGAUACGGGUAAUCGAGCAGACAGAAUUUUUGGACGAUGAGACGUACGAGCCUAUCGCAGGCCCUUCCACCUUUGAGCCUGAACAGCUUGGUCUCGAGGCUGAAUUCGACCAGCAUGUGCUGCCGGACGGAAAAUGCACUGUGGAUGCGUUCAUCUACGUGUUCGACGCCAGCAAAACCGAUGGACGAACAUUUGAAAGCCAAUGUUCUACGUCGGCAUCGAUACUGUCUAAUGUGAUCAAGACGAAGAAACCCGUUGUGGUUGCAUUAAGUCAGAUGGAUAGCGUGGACGACGAAGCACGGAAGGCUCUUCAUUCACUACUUAAUCGAAAGGAUCUCAAAAGCACACAUAUCACCGUG